AUGCAACGCGUUGCCCGCUGGCAAAAAAGUUUUACACCGUCCGAUGAUGAACAUGUGGCUCACGUUUACCCCCACCCGCCUGGCUUUCGGAGUUUUCUUCUACCUCCCCGAUGCCUCUCCAGUUUCGGCGCCCGCGGGGGUGACGAGGGCGACGGUCACGGCGGCUGCAGCAUUCCGAGGGAGGCCAGCGCCCGCGGCGGCGCUCACCUCCACCUCCUCCGCUCGCCGCCAGGCUCCACGCGACCGCCAUCAAGGCCACCAAACGGAUGUUGUGGAGGCGGCAGCAGGGUGGCAGUUCGCGGAGCCUGCAACCAUAUCGAUGCGGUGGCGCAGACAACCCGAUGCAGUCAGAUCCAUCGCCGUUUCCCGCCGCCACACCGCCUUCCUCGCAAUCUCCACCGCCGGCCCGAUGCGACCGACGUCGUGGUUGUCGUCGACCUGCCGUUCCCCGCCGUUCGAGCCAUAGGCGCCUCCCUCGGGCGCGCGGGCCCUGCCCCCGCUUGCCUCCCUCGCCGCCGCCGGCCUAACACAGCUGAGCCGUGGUCACGCGUUGUGGUUGCCGUCGUCAUCGAUGGAGCAGCAGCAGUAGCCGGGGUCCGCCCCUCGAGCUCGCUCGACGUUGCCCCCAGCGCGGACCUCCGCAUCAGCGGGAGCACGGAGGGGGACGUCGAUGACCUCUGUGACAGCUUGGGGCUCUUGGGGCCCGACGAGUUCGCCAUCCCGUCGCAGCCUGGGAGGCGGUGCAAGUCGCACUCUAACCCCGACCUCCUCCCGCGGAUGAUGAUACGUCCAAUGCAACUCCAGAGGCCAUGUUCAUCAUGUACAGAUUCUGUUCUUCUCUUUUUGCCUCCAGUGAACAUCGCAAACUUCUGGAUCGAAGGGACCCCCUGCUACCUCAACCCCGUUCAUCACGACCUCUUCCAGAGAAGCGUUUACCUCUGAGAUUAUUGAGCUUGCACCAUUCUAAUCUAUCAAUUGAUCAGGU